AUGGACUUUUGGAGCUUUGGUAAGUUGUUUAACACAGUAAAUGAUGUUAAUUUUGUAUAUAAAUAAGAUCAAUAUUUUACACAGGUCCUACACAACGUAUUUGAUUAAGUAGAGCCGGCUAAAUUUACCGUUUUGUUGUAUUUUUGAGUAAAAACGCGAAAACAGUAAGUACAAGGUGGUGGUAAUGUAAUAUCGUUUGUUUUUGAUGUCGUACUAUUGUGAAAAUUGGAGUAUUCGUACAAAAAUAUUUGGUGAACUUUAUGUUAUAGUGAAAUUUCGCUUUAAAUUCGUCGACUUUAGUUUUGAGCUAUUUAUUUUGGAGCAUGGAUAAGAUAGAUGUCUAUGAUAACAUAAUUUUGCUUUAUUUGGCGUUUUUAAGUAAAGAAGGUACAAACUAGUAUUCUAGUACUAGCAAAAGAAAACUAGCAAAUCUUUUCUUUAAUAAUACCACCUUCAAAAAGCUAAUCAACAUUAAUUUGGGCGCAAUUUGCAAAACGCCUUCAGGCGCGCGCGAAAAAUUCAAAACUUCUAAAAAAUUUGUCGUAAUUACUUUAUUUCUAGAUGGUUUUUCUUUUUUUCUAAUGAAUAUUGUCAGUCAGUGCCUUGGCUACUGUGAUAUUAUCCUCUUAUUACUAACUUUUUAGUGGGAACGGCUUCUUCGGUCGCCACCGGGGUUAUUAACCAUAACCUUGGCCGACGGACUCCAGGCCGGAUUAACUUCACCCGUGCGCCUUGUAACAGUUGCCUUCGGCGUCAACAAGAACAUAUUGACGAGUACAUUGCCACUGUAAGUAGUUUUUUUUAUUUGUUUUGUUUCUUUAGGUUCAUGAGGAAUAUUCUGAGAUUCAUUAGAUGUUAUGGUGAUAUUGAUGUAUUUUGGCUGUAACUCGCUUUAUUUUAAUGAAAGUUGAGGUCUUUUUGACCUGGAAUGUUAAAUACUAUAUCUUCUACGUUUCUAAAAGUUUUCAUUUAUUUCAGGAAGCCGCCAGCAUUCCACGAGCUCCAUUGUGCGAAGAUUGUCGUGCUCGAGCUAGUACAAUGUUUACUCCUGGCCGAUUGCAAACUGGGUGGAUGUCUGGAGCUGAUUUGUUGCCUCAUCUUGAAGUUGGUGAUCUUAUUGAGUUUCACAGGAUAGGACCGGUCACUUAUUGUGUGAGUUUCUUGUUAUUUUUGUGAUUUUAGGUAACAACAUAGGUUCUUUUUGCUUUUUACGGGUAAUAGUGGAUUUUUUUCUUAUUUUUAUAUAGAAAACAGCUUUGAAAUUGAUUUUUAAAACUUUUCAAAGGUGAUACAAUUCUCUCACAACCUUUUUCAACAAUUAAAAUGCUUAAUUGCAGCACUGGGCAGUGUAUAUUGGACUAGACGAAGAUCAAGGUAUCAAAGUUGUGUGCCAUUUUGCGAACGAAGGAAGUGACAUGGGCGAUGGAAAAGGUGAACUGAAGGGGAAACUGUUCUCAGGAAGAUCAGAUGCACAUGUUAGAGUAGAUCCUUUCAUUCAAGUUGCUGGCGACUCAAUGGUAAGGAUUAACAACAUCAUGGACAACGAGUUCGCCGCUUUCCCGCCAAUGAUUGUCAAGGACAGAUGUGAACAUAAGGUAUGUUUUUGAAUUGUUGUUGAGGAUGUUAAAUUUAUUUUUGGGUUUGAUGUUUAAAAAUAAGGAUUUUAUGCUAAAUAAGGUCAAUAUUACUAUUAUAUUGCUCCUUUUUCAGCUCGGAAGCAGUGGCUACAACUUGAUCUUCAACAACUGUGAGCAAUUUGCAAAAUGGGCUAGAUAUGGAUGUGCAGACAGCGAUCAGUCCAAUAAAUUUGUGUCUGUUGCUGUUGGUGGGGCAGCACUCUGUAUGGGAGCAUCUUUUGGAGGUGCCAUAGCUGUGGGCGGCCUUUUCUACACGGGUAUUCGAGCAGCCAGGACUGCUUUGCAUAACAUGGAGGAUCGUAACAUCAUCUAG